CUUGUGACUGUAACCCGGAAGGUUCCCGUUCCCUUCAGUGCAAAGAAGACGGUCAUUGUGAGUGCAGAGAAGGCUUUGUGGGAAUCCGCUGUGACCAGUGUGAAGAAAACUACUUCUACAAUCGAUCCUGGCCUGGUUGUCAAGAAUGUCCUGCAUGUUACAGAUUGGUGAAAGAUAAGGUUGAGGAGCAACGGGGGAGGCUGCGCGAUCUGGAAAAUCUUAUAGCUAACAUAGGAACAGGUGAUGACAUUAUAACUGACCAGGCUUUUGAAGACAGACUGAAAGAAGUUGAAAGAGAAGUCAUGGAUUUACUUCGAGAUGCCCAAAGUGUCAAAG